AUGGGGAUAAAAUAUUCUAUCAUUUUUAAAUUUUCAUCAAAGCAAUCAAAUGGUGUAAUGGUUGAUGAGACUACCUUUGAUAGAGGGUCGGGGGAUCGAUCCCUUUUGGGUA